CACUUAUGGGGCUGUGUGUUGACCUAUGGGUCCCAUUGCAGAGGUUAUGGGGUCGCUGGGGGGCAGCGUCGCAGCUUUGGGGCCGGCGUUGGAAAUGGCGGCCAAUGGGGACGGGGACGAACGACGGGUGCUAUUCGGGCUCUGUGGGGCAGCGGCCGAAGCCUUAAAGGAGGGGGCGGAGCCAAUGCUCCCUAAGCUCCUCCCCCUCCUCAUUAACAGCCUCCAAGCUCCGCCCCCUGCCGCUCCCAAUCUCGCUUCUGAUUCGUUCCUUCUCUUCGACCCCAACGACGACGAGGACGAUCAGCCAAUGGGAGACGAGGAAGACGAUCUCGUGCCGGUGGAGGUGAAUGGAGAUCAUGUGACCGAGCUGGAGGCGGCCUGCCAGGGGGCGGGGCUUAUGGCAGAGCAUUGUGGUGCUGCUUUUCAGCCCUAUUUCGGCCCUACAUUGGAGGCACUGCUUCCUCUGCUGGAGUUCCCACACCCGGACGUCCGUGCGGCCGCUUAUGGGGCGCUGGGAGGGCUGAGCCGUGGGGCAGCGAGAGCCGUGGGGCAGGAGGAGAUCAGGGGCCGUUCCCUAUUGGCUCUAAUGGAGGCUGUGAGGAAGGAAAAGGGGGCGGAGCCAACGAGGGCCGGGCUCAUUGAACUCAAUGGGGCGCUAAGCCCCGCCCCCGACCCCCGGAUCCUGCACGCCAUUGGCUGCCUCAUGGCUGACGUCAUCAACGGCAAGAUCCGUUGCUUCCAGGAUGAAGAUAAUGACGACGAUGAGGAGGUUGAAGCAAUGGCGGAGCUGCGAGAGCUGGCGGGGGAGGGGCUGGCGGCAGUGGGCGGAGCUUCACAAGGGGGCGGGGCCUGGAGCGAGAGCGGCGACGCAGCACAACGCUCGUGGGCGGCGGCCAUGUUGGGUGAGGUCGGCCAGCACCUCCCGGGGGGCGUGGCCUCCAAACUCCUCCCUCUGAUUGGUCCAGCCCUGGCGCGAAGCUCCGCCCACGACCCGGACCCGGAAGUCAGGAGCAACGCAUUGUACAGCAUUGGACGGCUGGCGGCCAAUGGCGUCGCUUUGGGGGC